AGCGUUCCCAUUCACCUGUCUCGUUAGUACAGUUUGAGACUCUCAGGUGAGCGCUCUGGUGUGGUGUUUGCUAGCGAAAUAGAAUCCUUGCGUCUGGAUAGUUUGGCACGUUUUUUUGGCGCGUUACUUAAUAGUGAUAGACAGGCAUCGGAUGUCUGUGGGCUGGCAGAACAGUUAAACAUGACUACAAAUAGUGAACGUCCGUUUGCGGCUCAGUUUCCCAAGAAACCGGAAGUUGGCGAUGAAGUUAUCGUUAAGGGGAAGCUUUUAUCGAAUGCCAAAGUGUUUUCGGUCAACUUUAUCUUGCCACACCCACCGCCGCCAAAUCAGAACGCUGAGCCGAUGCCACCGGAGUUAGGCGAGCAGCCUUCGACGCCUGAACCUUGCUGUGGACGACCUUCCGGCACGCAUAACCAUCAAAAGUCUUCGCCGCCCUACAUUGCGUAUCACUUCAAGACGGUUUUCGAAGGCGAUGAGGAUGAUGAAGGCGUCGUCGUUCAAAACUGGAAGAACGUCGUCUGGCAGCAGGAACAUCGCAGCCCCAACACCUGGCUUCGUGACCGACGCCAACGGUUUUCGCUAAUCUUUCGUUUCCAUCAGGACACGAUACGCGUGUUUGUCGACCAUGCUCACCAUGGGCCAGAUUACGAGUUCGAGUAUCAGGUCCCGCUGGACCGGAUCCGCUACAUCGAGCUCUGGGAUGACGUCGAAUUCGUGGAAGAGGUGACGUUCCGCUUCAAGAGUUUAAGAGACCGAUUCCAGGAAGAAGUGAAUGAAUCCUACUGAAGCCAGUUGGAAGAACAGAAGAGAAAAAAUUGUUGCUGCCCACGUCAUUUCACGACCCUCUACGCGUAGUGAAACGUAAUGAAUGGAAUGCGAACGACCAAUCACCAUAAUAAAUCGUUGCUCUCUGUGCUCUCUCUCUUUCCGGAAGGCCUGAGAAAACGAAAGUGCUAAUCAUCGGCUCUACACUGUAGUCACAUUUUUAGGAGUUAAUAUUUAUUGCAAUCGAAAUACGCCGGCCGCCUCGCUCCCAUAAGCUGAUGCAAAAUUUCACUUAUUUUUUUUGGAUAUUUCCAUACGCUAGCGCUAGAUUAUCUUUAGAUCGCACGAUUUUAGUCUGUUUAGUAUUAUAGACAUAGUAACAACAACAGUAUUCGAAUAGCAAAUAAAUACACUUAUGUGCGCAUGAUAGACUGAACACAAAGUA